GCAUUGAAUAGCGUGCUCGAAAAGUUUGCACGAAGUGCUAUAUUCUACGGCUUGUAAGCAAGAAAUCACUCCUCAGCAGCUGCCAAAAACCGACCCCUAAAUUUAGAUACUGGUUUUAAAGGCUACUACUCGUGGUGUGUCAUUAUUUCACAGCCAACGAUGUCGCCGCUCUCGUUCAGCUCGGGUGUCGGAUCAAAAUUAUGACAGCUUAACUUUCAAUCCAAGAUGUUUGCAGCAAAGUUGAAGAUAAAUGCAAGGAAGUCCACUCACAGUGGCAAGGUGCAUCUUGGAACGCCAUCCUUCCAAGAUCGACACUGGCAGGAUGCAUCAAGUUACUCCCCUACUGCUGCACAGGAUAGGACAGCAGGCGAGAAGUCGUCGUCUUCCUCGGCUAGCAAAUCAAAAGAGAGAACUGUCUGGGAUACAAAGUUCACACAGCCUGAACCAGUGCAUCCUGAAAGUACUGACGACGUGAUUUGGGUGUCAACGAGAACCACAGUAGCUCCCAAAUCCUGUCUGAAGCAGAAAGUGAAAGAGGGCGUUUCCAGUUUAGAGCCUCAGUCAAAGCCUGACCGAAAUAUCUUUUCAGCUCUUGGCAAGCCUGUCAAUACCAGCAAGAGGGUGUCUGAUAAGAGGCCUUCAGCUGUUGAUCGUGGGAGUUUCAUGCCACAUCAGUCAAGCAGUGCUUCCAGAAGCCUCUCCUGUCCCGGAAAAAGCAGCAGUGAGUUUGUUUUCAAGAAGCCCACAGCACCCCCGCCCUUUUCUCGCACACAUAUGUCCUUGGCUGGUUCUGGUAACAGAAAGCAGAAGCUUUCCUCAAGCAUCACUACACAGGAUCACCCUCAACAAGGGAAUAACCUCAAGAGUGGAGGCAGUGUUACCUCCACAGCAAAAGCUCAUGCUGGAGGAAAGAACAAGAGACCGCAGUGCAGCAUUUCUCUUUCUGAGCUUUCAAAGUCUGAUGGAAUUAUUCCCAUUUUGGAAAGGAAAGAGAUUUUUACUCCAAAAAGUGCCUUAAGUGGACUCAAAAGUUCCAUUGACAGUUCUCUAAAUUUAGAACUUGGUGGAAAAUGUAAGAUGAAACUUUCGUCCCGUGGGCAGCUUGGAAAAGGCAAACUCCAGAAUUCAGGGCAAACACAAAGGAAAAGUACAGGAAAGCCUGGUUCUGGGAACCUUGGAAAAAAAGGAGAACGUACAGAGAGCUCUUUUGAUGCAAUUGAGUCAGGUUUUCACAAGCUUGGAGAUAUUCAUAAUAUUGAACAUUGUGGAGGACUUGGAGAUAUCGGCGAUCUUGGCGGACUUGAAGAAACUGAAGGAGAAUUUGGUGGCCUUGGAGAACUUGGAGGAUAUUGCAAUCUGGCAGGGCUUGAAGAUAUUGCUGGAUUUGAUGAUGUUGGAGAUGAAAUGAAUGGGCUUGAAGAAAUUCAUAGAUGCAGAGAACUGGAAAAACACACGAGCAUGAGCUUGAAUGCAAGACCAAAAAAAAGUAUGGGUGUAGACAUUCCCCAUUCAACCUUGUCUUCCAAAUCACAUAAAAUUAGUACAGCAAGAGUUGUGUCUUCAAAGCCUUGCCAAACAACAGAUAAAUUUCAUCCAAGGCUGUUGAAGACCAUUCACACCAAAAGCACAAGCAGAAAAUCUGUGGCCAGAGGUUCCUCCUUAAAAGUUGUGACAAAUGGGCCUGCUGUCAAGAAGUCAUCAGUCUCGCAGAAUGCAUCAACUGUUGCAAAGAGCCAUGUUGUGAUUGACCUCUGUAAGCCAUCAUCCUCACGGAAAUCUGUGGGCACACGUGUCAGAUCCACAGCAGCUAGCCCUCAUCGUCAUGGUUAUAAUUCUCAAUUAGUUUCUCAUCUUCAACCCAACAUAAGCACUGCUCCUGCGAUGAAUGAUGAUUGGACACAGGUCCAAAAGAAAGGGUCUACAGGAAGGCUACAAUCAUCUCAUAAAUGCAAGUCAUCAACAAGUAGGAAGGAUGUCCUAACUUCUGAGAUCAGUGGUAUUUCGCAGAAGACCUCUGACAAGUGUCGGUCACAAAAUAUAGAAAGCAAAAGCAGUUCUUCAGUAGAGGACACAAGCAAUGCCCAUAUUAACAAAAAAGUAUCAGAGAAGAUAACCAACUUGGAUAAACCAAUUGUUCCCCUGGAACGAUUGGAAAUCCGUUUGAGCCCCAUGAAAAUUCAGAGUGGAGGCUCGUGGGAGCAGGAUGAAAUUGACGGUGUAUUGUUUACAUCCUUCAGCACACAGUAUGAACUUGAAUCAUAUCUCAAAAUGCAUCCUCAAGAGAUGUCAGCACAACAGGGUACAGGCACCUGUUGCAUGCCCUCCCAACUCCAAGCUAGCAGUCCUGCUGGUAGCAGACCUCCAAAUCAUCAAAACAAGGUCAAACAGCUUGAGCAGCAACUUACCAAAUAUUUACGAAGCAGUGCCUGCAAUGAAGUCUUGCAUCCAAGGCUUGUGCGCCGGGGCUUGUCCAUCAGACGUGACUUAAUUGGAAAUAGAGUGAAUAGCAUUAAUUUGAGAGUAUAUGGGAUUCGCUGGGAAUCCAGGAAUAAAAAGGGUGUACGUAAGUCUAGCAAGAGGAAUCGUUUGACUGGGUCCAAAAGGCUUAAGCCUUUUUUCAGGACUGCGUGUAAAAUGAGCCCCAUAAAGAAUUGUUCAGCAACUCCAACAACAGGACUGAAAAUUAAGUUCACUAUGCCAAGGAAGGACUCAAAGGAGGUCAAAGAGUCCAAGGUGAACACAGAGCCUCCCCCUGGCAAGCACACUGAACUGUCAGUGGCAGAAGCAGAAUCAGCUACAGAAAAGACAGUUCAGAAAAUGCCUCCUGAAGAGAGUAUUCCUUUCAAGCCCUUUGAGAAGGAAGUCUUGUCUUCCAAGUCUGCCUUUGUCAGUGAUGCUCUGGACAAGUACUUGCUGGAUUUGGAAAAGCAGUCGUCAACUGUGACUAGCCCGAGCCAUCCUCUUCUCCAAAGCAAGGCUUCCUCAGUCACCUUUAAGAUGCCUUCCAAGCAGUCCAGCUACAUUAAGACCUUAGACACGGCCCUUAAAGAGAGGCAGAUGGCUAAAAACAAAUGCAAAGUGCCAACAGUGGCAGAAACAGCUCAGAAGCUUGCCAACAACUUGAAACAUACCUCUGCUGUGUUCAAACUUUCAGACCCACAAUCCUCCCCUGUGGAAAAAGAAUCUCUCAGUUCCAGUGUCAAGGCACUUUCAUCAGAUUCUAUUAAAGCAGGAGAUACAGAACUUCCAGUGCAGGACCAAACAGUGAAACCCGACCACCGAGAUGUACAAAUCAAUAAAGUGAAUAUCUCACCGAAAUCCAGACGCAAAGAUGCAUAUCUGGAAGAGAAGAAACGCUUCUUGGAGGAGAGACUGGAGAGUGUGAAAAAGAAGUUGAAAGAAAGCACUGCUUUUCUCAAGAAAAUUCCGAAUAAAAGCAAAUCUCAAACAAGUUGGGCCACCAAAUUGAAGAUAGUGAAUAGCCGGCUGGUUCAGCAGCUGAAUUCCCCUGGCCAAAAUGCUCAUCUCAUCAAGGCCAAAGAAGCAGCUUCAAACAUCAGUCAGCGGACAGGAAUUCAAAUAAAGACCGAGAGAGAUGCCACAGCAAACGACCAUUCUUCAGAUUCAGAGCACCAGCCAAGUGUUGAUGCCAAAAGUGGAAAAGUUACUGGAAGAGGAAAAAGUAAGGUCACACAGGAGUUUGUGAGACUUGACCAGCAGACUACAUGCAACAAGGACUUCUGCCGCCUUGGGUGUGUCUGUGAGAGCAUCAACCUCAACUUGCCAGUGGAGCGUUUAACCAAGCACUGUAGGAAGGCGGACUGCAUGUUUGAUUGCACUUGUCAGCGCAACAAUAUCCGCAUUCUCCGCAACAGGAAGAGGCCCACUAUCUUCCAGGAGAAGUCCAUGCUCUUCUAUGAUGGAGUCGGGAUGUUCAGCAACAGUAAUGUCGGUUUUGUGGAGGAGCCCACUAGCCCACUUGAAGAAAGGGAAAAGCCGGGAAUACUCUCAAAAUCUGGUGUUGGAACUUGUGCACGGGCUACCAUGUACAAGCCGAAACCAAAGCACCAGCCAAAAGAAACAAAAAUUGAGGAUACUCCAAGCAAACUGGUAUCGGGCAAUCCCCAAGAAAAGCAGCAGGUUCAAAGAGCAGUCAGUACUGAACCUGAAGCAGCACCACAGCAGAGUCUUCCCAAGCAAGAUCCUAGCAUUUCCCAUUUACAAAUUGUUCCAAAAACACCUUUCCCGAUGGUCAAACAGGAGACAGCUCAGUCACAAAAGGGCCGGCCGCCAAACACCUCUGAAUCGAGUAAGGCUGUUGUCUCUGAAACAAAGGCUGGGGAAGUGGUUCCCAGUGUUCUUUAUGCUCCACUUCAAGUACCACUCUCUGGUAAGAAAGGCACAGUUGUCCUAUAUGCACCUAUCAGCACACUGCCGUACAUGGUACAGAAAGUUCCAGUUGUUGCCAACUUGCAACAAACAUCCAGCAUGCAAGCAGCAGCUGUAGGCAAACCUACCCCAGUAUCUGCACUUAACUCUGAACCAAGUGUACAAGUCACUGUGAACAGUGACCCAAAGAUUCACAACAAUAAGGUGAAGCCUGUAGCUGUAAUAAGUCCCACAUCUGCAAGCCAGACAGAUUGUGAUAAAACACCAGUAAGUAGCACUGCAGUCAGUGUGCAGGAUGUUCAUUCUGUAUCACCAGGUGGCACAGAAGAUAGUUGGAGAGUGUGCAAGAUUUCGGAAUCUGGGCAACUCGGUGGUGUUUUUAAAAUGUCUUCUCAUGAAACUGUAACAAAGCAUCACGCAUGUAUAAAGGAGGUGAAUAAACUGUUGAACAAAUCAAGUGAGAUGCCUGCAAAUGUCAGUGCUACGGAGAAAGAAGAAGAAAGGGGACUUACUGUGACCUGCCCCAAGAGUACUACAUGUACCGAAAACGACCUAAAUGGCAGUGUAUGUAGGGCAGAGGGAGCCAACAACCAAGAGUCUGAAUCCUCUGAAAAGCAUACAAAUACCACCAUAUCGUCAUCUUCCCUGCAGGAAGCCAAGGAACUGACCAAAGUUACUGAAAGCAGCACUUUUUCUGAUUCUCAAAAGCCCAAGGAAAAUGUAUCUUCUGAACUGACUAAGAAACUUGAGAUUAGUGCUGCCACUGAGCAGAACCAAGUGGACAAUCCCACUUCUGCAACCAAAUCAAGUUUUGAUAGUACCUCUACUUCUGCUACUGAACACCCAAAGACUGUCUCCACAUCAGGUGUCCAAGUAAAGGAAGUGUCCCAGGAUACUGUGGUAGCAUUGAAUAGUGUAAGGGAAAAGAUAAGUGCCGUUGUUACAAAGAUAAAAAGUCCAGUUGGAUCACCUACAACCAGCCCAACUGCUGGGUCUUCACAUGUCCCAUUAAACCUUGUUAAAGCAAACAAACUUUUAAAUCAGCUGUCUGUUUCAGAAACCUCUGGUGCUGCAGUUGCAGAUACGAACAAGAAGCUCAAUUCUAUUUCUUUAAGCCUUCCAAAAGUGAUUCCAACAAACCCAAAUACAACAGUGAGCAUGCCUGGCAAGGCUCUAAAAGUUUCAGCAUUUUCAAAUACUGCAGAGCAAAAGGGAAUUGAAGCAAAUAAACCAAAGCUAACUAAAACACAAGUCUUUCUCCCGGGGUCGUCGAUGUCUGCCAUCAACACAAAAAAUUCAAGUUCAAGUGCUCGUUCUCCUCUUCUGAUUGAAAUACAGUCAGAAUGCAAUUGGUCAAAUACAAAAAAUGACAUUCUCAGCUCCAUUGCCAAGCACACAUCCAAAGGUGACGGUGCCCCCGGCGUCAUCCGUGUUGGUAAAUUUCUUGUCGAGAUACUCAGCAAAGAAGAACAAAAAAAUGUUGCUGUAUCUAUAAACACGAGUACAUUCAAGGAGGGGACACCACUAACUGUGGCAGCCACUUCUAGCAAGACAAUUGAGCGUACAACUCCAUUUCUUAAAACACCUAUAACUUCCCCACUUCAGCUGCCUGGCCUCAAACAGCCUGCCACGAAGCCAGGUCUUGGAACGCAUGGUUUACCCAGCAAUAACGCCCCACUGACCGACUUCAAGAAAUUCACGUUCCUGCCGAGCAAUCCUGUCAGCAAGGGGAUGAACUUUGCCAAGGCUGGGACCAUCACCACCGCAGUGAAACCAAGUAGUGCCCCCUUAUUAACCAGCCUUCCCCCAGGAAGCAUCUUGCUGUCUGAUGGCAAGAAGCCCUCUGGAUAUCUAGUGCCACUAAAGGCUGUCCAGGAUCAGCUGAAAGGUUCAUCAUCGGCUGCCAGUAGAGAUCCUGUUGCAAAGCAGCCACCAAGUCUGUCAACUCCAAGCUCAGUGAAUGGUGCAUCUGGUGUACCCACAACAGUAAUGCCAAGAUUGGGCCCAAUUGGCUCUGUCAGUUCACAGAAUAUAACCACAGCAGGUUCCUCCUCUGAACUUUCUUUGAGCAACCUGCAAAAGGCACCAAACAUAGCUACUCAAGCCUCUGCAGUACUUACAAUCACAUCUCCAACUGCAAACUCCCAAACUCAAGCUGUAACAUUGACAACUUCUACAGCAAGUUACAGGUGCACUGAAAACACAGGAAAAGCAUUUGCUGAGAGGAGCGAGAUAAGCAGGACCCCAACCAGUUUGAAUCCUGUGAAAUCAAAUCUCGGGCAAAUCACAACAGAAGUGCCUGCAAUUGUCCCAGUUUCUGAGAGCCAUGUGAGCAACAAUCAACACGGGCCUUUCUCCAAAGAUCCUGAUCCUCUUAAGCUUCAAGAUGCCAUUUUUCGGGGGGGUACACCUGAAGGGACACAUCAGCUUCCUCCAUCAGAGGCUAGCCAACCAGAAGUGCCCACAGAGGCUCCUGACUGCGCCAUUGACUCUGAUGAGUUUGUCGAUGUUGAGAGCCUUGAUGGCGUGCAGCCAAUCAGUCUACUUUCCAAGAAACACAAGCCCCAUCUGUUAAAACCCAAGCCAGCCUCACCGAGUCCGCCGAUUUUCCCUGUUGCGCUCACCUCGGAUGUCCCCCAACCACCAACAACUCAUGUUAUCAUUGCCCCAAAAAGCUCACGCCGAAAGAUGGAGCACAAGAUGCGCCCCUCCUUGCUCAGUGAUGACCCAGUGGAGGAGAUUGAUGUUGGAACUUACAUGGUCCAGAGCCAAGGCCCAGACAAGUUUUCUUUUGGAAAGACAACACCUGCCAGGUUUGCUGCCCCUGGUGUCGGCCAGCCUGGCAACUCCAGACGCGGCAAGAGGAAGAGGAAGUCGCCUGUGAUUCAGCAGUCUGUCAUGGCACUGGAAGAACCAGAAUUCAUUGAGUCCUACUACGAGGUUUCCUCUGGUGAAGACGAUAAGGCAGAGGAUGAACCCAAGCGUUUCAAGAGGGAUAAGCCCAACAAGGUGUUGCAUCUGAUCAAAGAGCGCCAGCGACGCAGAGACCAAAGUGACCUCUUUGGAGGCCUGAAGUUCGUCUUGCUGAAUGAUAAAGACACCAAGGUAUCCAAGGUUUCUCUUCUUGCAAAGGCCUUUGAAGAAAUUAAACAGCUGGAAUUUAAAGCAUUUGAAAUCGAGGUGCAGGAAACCAGAUUGAAGCAGGAGAAUUAUCAGAAGCGGAGUAAACUGGCUUCACUGCUUGACUUGAACAUCUUGGACUUCCCUUCACCCAUCACUGGCCAACAAGACUGUGACUUCGCCGAUUAUAUUGGAGACCUGAAUAAUGGCAGUGAUGGCAUGGCAUCUACGGCACAGAGUGAAACCACCUCUCAGGAUUCUGAAUCCGUUGACAUGGACACCUCGGAUGACGAUGCUGACAGGGCAGACUGCGAGGAAGGAAUCACGAGGGAGCAGUAUGAACAGAUGAUGGGUCUUCAGUCGCAAGCACCUAAGGUCAAGCCGUGUAACAGUGAGAAAGAAGAGCUGACAGCAGAUGUCAGCAGUGAUAAACUCCUAUCUCAGACACUGAACAGUGAUCUCCCCUUGUCAAGUUGGCAGGCACCGGCACGCCAUCCAGGCCUGCCAGAGACCGUCCCAGGAGCUAGCACUGUGGCGAGGGUAGUUCCGAAGUCAAAACCAGCCACCAAUUCCAAAGAGAACUGCAUUGGGGUCCCCUCCAAGCACCCAGUCCCCGUUGCCCUCACCGCACUGCCCUUUGACCUCCACAAGACUAAUCCAUCAACAGACCCUGAGGUGACAAUCCCCAUGCCAGAUGUAGACCUUCUGAUGGAAGUUAGUUCGGGGAAUGUUUCACCAGAUCCGGAAGAGAAACUGAUGGAGUAUAGGAAACAAGUUGACUCAAACUCCCCUCCCAGUAACACAACAGAAGUUCUUCCUGUUCAGAGUUCCAGUGGAACUAGUCUACCUGCAAAUGAAGUUGGCAGUCCAACUCCUGCUGAUCACUCAGCAAACCACUGUAAUCAAACAGGCAGUGUUGAUACUUCAUGCAGCAGAGUUCAAACUAAAGCCAGUAGUGAAGUGGAAAUUGCUAUUAAUGAUGCAGACCAGAGUACCCUUAAAUUGACAGAAUCUCUCAACAGGAGCAGUGAUGCCUCACAUUUGUCAUUAUCGGCUUCAGGUGGAGAUGCCUCCACAACAGUUGUAAACAAAACUGCCCCUCAAGACGAAAUCAGUGUCUUGUCAUCAACAGAAGAUGAACCGAUGGGUAAUGUGUCUGAUCUCAAGAAACUCACCAAAGACAUUGAAAAAGUACAGUCAGAAGAUACGCACAACAGUGUCGUGACAGAGAAUAGUUCCUGUGUGUAUCUAGAUAGAGACAAAGAAGAUGAAGUCACACAGACAGAUUUGCCGUCUACCAGUAAAGGGGAUGACUUUGGUUUCGUACUCCAUGAGGAACCCAGCAUAAAUCCAUCCUUGGGUGACAAACAAUCCAAAGCCCCGGGAGAACGCCAAGGAUCCCCUUACAAGAGCAACCCAUCCAGAGCAGCUGAUAGCAAGGCUGCAUGUCCAGCUGUAGCCCCCGUCUCAGCCAACCCAGCCAAUCUGAGUGUAGUCUCCAUUGAAACAAGAGGGGGCGUGGUCCGUGUCACCUGCAACAGUGGGGAGAUCAUACCUUUAGCCGUUGUCAAAGCCAGUGCCGAUGGCACUAUGCAGGUAGCGGUUGAGGGUGACAUUUCCUCAGAGAAGGUGGAGGAGCUCUUGUCCAAAUCUGAAGUGAUGGAGUGCUUGGAGAAAGUGGCUGACAGUGCCUGUGAGAAAUUGGAGUCCUGACAGAAAUUGGACUUGUGAUACUCCUUGGCUACAAAGAGGAACUUUACUGUAACAGUCCUGAAUUCUCCAAUGGUUGCAGGAUUGUGAACUGUUCAGAUCAAUCAAUGUUGUACUUGCAGUUGGGAUUUGAAACCAUUGUGGUCUCUGUGCACACUAUAACCUCAUCAUUCAGUGAAAAAGUUCAAGUUCAAACAGCUGCUUGGUCAGGGCUUGCUGGCCGUUCCUUUUACAUGUAUACGCACAUUUCUCCCAUGUGGAUUUGUAUGCAUGCAGUUGACAAAAAUUACCACUGUUGGCUGAAACCAGUGCUGCAGGUUUACGUACUGUGCUUUCAUUCACCUCUCAUCGGUGCAGUGUCUCUCUUAACCUCCUGGCCCGGAGACAGGCAAAAACUAUUUAGGAUGGGUGUGUUCAAAAGUUUCAACCCCCCCAUCCGUUUCAGCUAUCAUUAAACAACGCAUGGAAAUAGGGGCUCAGACAGCACCAAGGGGCUGUCCGUUUCAAAAAUGUUGCUGGGAGUCGACAGGCAGUUUUUAAUAUGGCACGAGAAAGGACGGGCAGAUAUUAUAAUCCAAGAUGAAACCCUGCAUAGGUACAUAUAUGUCAGGUAAAUGUGGAAUCUCUCUCACAGUUCAAAAUCUGUUAAGAUGUGGCCUCUGUCAUGAAGGCUGUGGGGUUGCGGACAGUUUGGUGUGGAAUUUGACGCAUACAUGUAACAUGUCCUUGUUUGACUCUUGGUCAGACAAAAGCAGGAUUUGUUGCUGAAAUUCGUGAUCAGGUUCUGUUUCUGUCGUAUUUCUUCCAAAUCAUGUAACUGAAAGAUUGUCUUGGUACAUGUAUUUUCCCUAGUGCAUGAAUUUGAAGAGGGCAGUUUUGAUGCCAGUGCCAAGAUGUUAAAAAUGGGAAAAUAUCUGUUUGGUUUUGGAUCCAGCUUUUGUGGAAAUCUAUAUUCAUUGCAUGAGAUCACUGUGCAGUUUCCUAAUUCUUUGCAAAUAGACAUUUGUGUGCAUAUAUGGCUACAGAGAAGCUUGAACGUAAACCUAUUCCAAUCCAAAAUUGAUGCUACAAACAAUAUUGCACCCACCGAUGAUUUGAGGACAGAUCCCAUGCAAUAAAAGUGUCCAGACCUUUCUCUGUUGCAGUAUCCUCAUUAGAGUGUGCUUUGAUCAGGAGGUAUUGUGGGGAAGAAGUUAUGUGUAUUUAUGUUCAUAGGUGUCAUGAUUUCGUAAGUUAUUUGCUUUCCACUUGAACCAAGAUUUGCAUGAUCGGUACAAAAUGCAAACCAAAUACCAACAAUUACAUCCAGUCAAAUGUACUUCAAACUUAGUUGUCCUUUCACAAUUUUCUAUAAGGAGUUAACCACGUCAGGGAACAGUCAGUAGAUGCAUUCAACAAAGUAUUUCAUGUAAUGUUUUGGCCCAAAGCCACCCAUGCUGGUGAGAGCCAUUGCUUAUAUCAAAAACCGUCUUUAGCUCACUCUUCUUGAAAGGUGUCAUAAUGGUUUUGUUCUCUUGUAAACGCUCUGAAUUAAUUUAUGUUGCUGCUGGGCUGUCUUCCCUCAGUGUGAAACCUUGCAUGUGAUAUAAACAUCUUUGUAAACUGUAAAAAAUGAUUGCAUUGAAUCAUGUUAAUAUCGCAAACUCUCUUUCUUGAGUAUGAGGGGAUUAUUUGAUGUAAAUUUUUUGAAGGCUUCACGUUUUUCUCCCUUUGAGGAAUUAUGUGACUGGUUGUUUCUUUCUGUAUUUUGAAUUAAAAAAAAAAGUAAUCAUUGGAGAGAAACUUUUUUAUUCAAAUGGAGAAAUAUGAAUUUGGAUUAAUUCUAGUCACAAUCUUAGCACCCCUUAAACAAAGGUGGAAGGUAAAUUGACAAGGUGUUCUGUAUGUAGCAAAAUUUUUAUUUUCUUAUACUUGGUUUGUUGUUAUUUGAUAACAUUGAUUGAAUUAUUGCUUGGAGCAAAAGUGUCCACAAAAAAGAGAAACUUUGAAUGGGCACUCACAUUUUAAUUUUGCUUGUGAACUGUUACUUGCAUGUUUAUUAGUUGUGUUAGUCGUAUGUGUACUUUCGUUCAGCAACAUAUGAAAUGUUGAGUGCAAUCGCUCAUUGUGCGCAAUGGCUCGAUCUUUGUGCACUAUUUGUUAAUAAUUCUGCCAUCAGCCAAUCGCGUUUUCUAAUUUUCGGUUGUGAAAGAUUUUUUCAAAAUAGGGACAAAUGGGGAGGUUAAAGUUGGAGGUUUCAUGCAGAAUCGUCCGAUCACGCAGAGCAAUGUGACCUAAGAAUCUGACCUAAAUCUUAACAAAUAUUAAAUGAGGAUGAGCAACAUUACUGAGUGAAUUAAAGUAAUACUGUGGGAAAGCUAUUUUAACAACUGAGUGUAAAAUAUAUUUAACCAAAUUGUAAUCAAAAGUUAGAUGCAGAGUUGAAAAGCAAGUGCUUGAAAAGAGUGAUGUACACCAGAUGUCGGUGUGUUCUUGUAAUAUUGUUUUAAUAUAUUCAAAGGAAGUCUCGCUUUAUCUUGAAUGACUUACCCUAAGCAUCUAAGACAUUUGGCAUAUGCACACCUCUGGAACUGACAGAUACAUGCGCAUUUAUAGUUGGUUGGAUUGCUCCCUGGAAUUGUGUCUGUACCUGAACAAUGCUGAUGAAGGCUAGUAGCCAAACAGUGUGCUUUGGACACAGCCUGUGCAUAAUCUGGUUCCUAAGCCCCCCAUUGCAGACCAUAAGUAAGGAAGAUACCAGUGCUGUAUAUUGGCAGUAUUAGUUUGGACUUUUACUGCUGUUUCCCCAAAUGCCAGGACAUAUAUAAAAUGUUUUAAUUUGGAGUAGCUGUAUUUAAUUUGAAUGACCUGUUUUGGUUUUAAUGAACAAUUUUUAAAUUGCAAGGAAAGUUGUAUUGCUUCUCAAAGUAGUAAGGACUUUGGAAGAGGAUUUGGUGUAAAAAUGAAUAUUUUGAAAACUUUCAUGCUUACCGUAGGUUUGUGUAAAUAUAAAUACAUGUACGUGUAUUUUGAACCUUUUGAUUCUUUUAAGAGAGCUUAAUUGUGUAUGUGUGUAUUAAAAAUCUGGAAUUAUAUUUGUUUAAUAGAGUAGUUUUGAUUAAUAUGCAACUGCUUUCUUGAGAAUCCCAUAUUUUCUUGUACAUGGGUAAAUGUACAGGUUGUAAUAUCUUUUGUUAUUUGAACUUCCCUCAUGAAGAACUAAAUCCUGCAUUAAAGUGCACUCCUAUGAUCAACAAUAAAUAAUGACAAGGAGAGACACAUCUUCCACGAUCA